CGAUAGAUCCAACUCCAGCAAACCAUCUUUUCGGCCGCUUGUCAUCAGAAAGCGGCUCAGGAUUCACGGUGCGAAGAGACUUUGAGGUGGCCACUGAUUCCCGAGUGGCCGUGCCGGGUAUAUUGUCUAAAGGCGGGAUAUCACGGGAAGACGGGGAUUCCUUGGCUACACGGGCGGCUGUCGACAUUAUAUCCCGCCGAUUUGAAAGAAGACGAUUGUAUAGGACGGUCGCUGGUGUUUGACAGACAAGCAAAACGAUGCACCAUGAGCAACUCCUUCCCCGAUUCUGCCCCGUGCAGACCGCACGCCAAUUCCGCAAAUUCCAGCGGCUCCCGGCUGAGAUCCGGAACAUGAUCUGGGAGUACGCAUUGCCGGAAGCCCGGGUCUACGAAGUUCUGGAUGCGCCCAACGCCAAACAGAAAACCCCGGCGCAGGAGGGCCUGAUGUUUGCGAAUGUGCACCCGGAACCCCCUCCGGCUCUCGCAGCGGUGUGCCGAGAGAGCCGCUACCUCGUCCUGCAUCACUACAAGCCCCUGACGCUGGGCAGGACGACCAAGUACGUCGACAUGUCGCGGGACAUCCUGCUUCUCGAGCCGUACCUCCUUGUCAAGCGGCUGCACCGAACGCUGCAUUUCAUGAGCCAGAUCCCGCUGGUGCGCGACAAGGCAACGCGGCUUGCUCUGGGCACUUCGUACGGCGUCUAUCCGGGCAUCUUCCACCCGGUGCUGGGCCGGAAGGUGUCCAAGCAGAACAUGGGCAAGCUGCUGGCGAGCCUGGCCAAGUUCCCGCGUCUCAAGACGCUCAUCUUCGUGGUGCACCAGGAGUUCCAGUUCGAGUUUGAUUUCCGCUUUCCGGGCACCUUGACGCCUAUGGCGAACUACAGCCCGUCCCUGAUGGGUGCUCCGUCCGUGCUCGCCGGGCUCGGGGCAAGUACUGUUUACCCUCCACAACUCGCUAGCAGCAGCAGUGCACCCUCCACCAAUACUCUUUUAUCGUCUCCCUAUUCGGGCAAGGCAACUGCUACUACUAGUACGCCCAUCCCAUCGUCCCGAGCCACCACCACCACCGUCGACAAGACCACCGCUUCCCCGUCUCCGCUCACAUUCAACGCAUCUCUGCCCUUCCAGACAACAGCAGCAGCCCUUCCCCCGCCACACGCCACGCUACCGUCUCUCCCUUCUGCUAUGCCUGCCCCGGCCGCACCAAGACCGCAGCAAGUCCACCAAGCCUACCGCUUCAAGUUCGACAUCGAGUCCAACAUCAACUCCCCGCCGCGCAGGCCCCACACCAACGAGCUGCUGUACUACCCGCUGGAUAUCAAGGAGGAUUAUGACGACGACGACAAUUACUACCGCGGUGCAUACAGCUGCGUCUCUCCUGCUGCUGCUGCUUCUUUGGGUUCGGGCUCGGGUUCCGGGUUAUACUGCGGUGGUGUUGCUGGUGGUGGUACUACUGCCAAGCGGUGGGAGGACUGUGUCCUUCUCGACACGGACGAGGACGAAGAGGAGGACGCCGAGUGGUGCGAUCCAUGGCCUACGAACGACGACUGGCGGCGGUUUCGGAGGCGGUGGGUGCGCAGCAUGCUCGCUGCUUGUGCGGGCCACUUGAACCAGGGUGUGGAAGCGGAGGGUCAGCAGCAGCAGCAGCAGCAUGGGGGUAGGGCGGUGCACAGUAAGAGAUGCGCUACUCCGACGGAAGGGAAGGGGAAUAGUAGUGGGCCGGGUAAGGGGGGGAAGGCGAGGGCAGUCGGCUUGCCGACCUGGAAGGUGAAAGGGGCGAGUCUGCUGUGGAGGUAUGCACGCGGUGUUGGACCGGGGGAAUCAGUGAAGGUCUGAACGGGGUUGAGGCACGGAUUUACCCCUCAUCUCAAGCGUUGCUGUUAUUGCUUCCAGUUGUCAUGACACGAUGUAGACAGAACACAGUCACUUCUGGCUUGUUUAUGGUUUCUCUUCUAAUACGGCAACACAUGGGUAAGAUUACUAGAAGGCCUGUCGC